GAGUCACAUACGUCCAGUCGCGUUCUCUCGCUCCCUCUCUUCCUCUCUCUCUCUCUCGCUUUUUCUCGGUCUCUGUGUCUCUUCUUUCAUGGUGUUCACGCUGAUGUUCCUCAAUACCUGCAAAUGAUUGCUGCUGUAGAAUUCAUCGCCACCGUCUCUAGUUGAGAGGAUCCAAUCGGUUGAAUUGCAAGCUUGGUUUUUAAUCUGGAACGAGUUGGGGCCUUCGUGAGUGUGAUUAUUAGUUAUAGUCUGCAGAGAUUGCGUAAUCAGGACAGGUGAGAAUCUCAAAAUUUCGACAUUGUAGCGAGAACCCCCGAAGAAUGUCAUUUCUCUCCAUAUUGUAGCGUAACCGAGGGAGUUUAAAGUUGCCAAACCCCUCGCCCUGCACUCCAACAGACAACUCAUUGGUGGUUUCGUUCGUAACCUGGUUCGCCUCCUGGAGCACGACGCUAGUUGAAGGUCUAAUGGGAUGGGGCAGGCAGAUGCGAGUGUUCCUCGUUGCUCUGAGAGUCUUUGUUGAGUACAGGGUGGUUCAGAGGAGAGAAAAAUGGGCUAAGAGCACGUCAGAUAGAAACAAGCUAUGGAAGAAGGCGCACGAACGCAAUGCUAAACGUAUACAUAAUGCUAUUGUAGGUCUUGAGGGGUUGUGGGUGAAGGCGGGUCAGUAUCUGUCCACAAGGGCGGACGUUUUGCCUGAUCCGUACAUCGAAGUUCUACGUCUACUUCAAGACUCUCUUCCACCACGUUCUAUAAAGGAGGUGAAGGCGACCAUUAAGAAGGAGCUGGGUAAGGAUCCUUCAGAGCUUUUUGCCGAGUUCGAUACCACUCCACUUGCAACAGCCUCGAUUGCUCAAGUUCAUCGAGCUCGUACAAAGGAAGGUAGAGACGUUGUGGUCAAGAUUCAACAUCAGGGCAUUAAAGACAUCAUAUUACAGGACCUGAAGAAUGCACGGACUAUAGUGCAGUGGGUUGCAUGGGCUGAACCUGACUACGACUUUGCUCCUGUUAUGGAUGAAUGGUGCAAUGAAGUGCCCAAGGAGUUGAAUUUCAAGUUAGAGGCUGAAAACACAAAGAAGGUGGCCAAGAAUUUAGAUUAUAACAAUAAAGAAGCAUCUGCAGAACUUUCCAAGAGCCACGUUGAUGUGUUAGUGCCGGAAAUUGUACAGGCAACAGAGAGAGUGCUCAUAAUGGUCUACAUGGACGGGGUUCGUCUCAAUGAUGUGGCCAAACUGAAGGAAUUGGGGGUGGAUAUGCAAGUAUUGGUGGAAUCAAUCACUCGUUCAUACGCACACCAGAUCUAUGUCGAUGGUUUUUUCAAUGCAGAUCCUCAUCCAGGGAAUUUUCUAGUCAGCAAGGUUCCUCCUUUCAAGCCCAUUCUUUUGGAUUUUGGGCUCACUAAGAGUUUGACAUUCAACAAGAAACAGGCACUUGCAAAAAUGCUUCUUGCUUGUGCGGAGGGUGAUUAUGCUGCCUUGUUGUCUUCUUUUACGGAACUUGGUUUGAAGCUUCGUAUGGACAUGCCAGAAGAUGCCAUGCAAGUUACCAACUUCUUCUUUCGUCGAUCCAUUCCAGGAAAAGAAUCUGUGGAAGAUAUAAAAAAGUGGACAAAAGAGAACGAAGACCGGAGGAAAAGGUUUCAAGAGAAGCAAAAGGAGGAGGCAGAGAAGGGUGCCAGUCUCCAUCGUAACCCGGUGGAUGCUUUUCCAGGCGACAUCGUCUUUUUCAUGCGAGUUUUGAAUCUUCUACGGGGUCUGUCUUCAAUGCUUGGUGCAAAAGUGGUCUACCUUGAGGUGAUGCGUCCAUUUGCAGAGACGGCCUUGUUCAGUGGGAAUGUGUUAAGCAGUGGACGCAUGCUGGAAACUGAUAACUGGAUUUAUAAAACACCACCUCACUCUAGUAUUGAAACAAAACUGUGGGAGUUGUUACUAAAUCUAGGGCGGAAGGAGCAGAUACUGGGGGUUCAGGUUUGUGCAUAUAAGGAUGGAAAAGUUGUUCUUGACACUGCGGGCGGAGUACUUGGAAAGUUUGAUCCAAGGCCAGUUCAACCAGAUAGCUUGUUCUCUUGCUUCUCAGUUACCAAAGGAAUCACAGCUGGGCUUGUGCAUUGGUUAGCUGACCGAGGAAAGCUCAGCCUGAGUGAUAAAGUUUCUACAUAUUGGCCAGAAUUUGCAGUAAACGGGAAAGACAACAUCACGGUUGCUCAUGUUUUGAACCACGCAGCCGGCCUGCAAAAUGCCUUGACAAGUGAUCUGAAGUCGGAUCCUUUGGUUAUGUGCAACUGGGACGAAACCUUAAAGAAGCUGGCUGCAUCAACCCCAGAAUCACCACCGGGGGCUAAGCAAGUUUACCAUGCGUUAACUUUUGGUUGGCUAUGUGGUGGCAUAAUUGAGAAGGCAUCUGGCAAAAAGUUUCAGGAUUUGUUGGAGGAGGCUUUUGUGCAACCAAUUGGCUUAGCUGGGGAGUUCUAUAUAGGUGUUCCAGCAGGAAUAGAGGAUCGAUUGGCAUCACUUUCUUUGGACACCGAAGAAGUGAAAACGAUGAAAGAGGUAAUUGAAAAGCAGAGAGCGAUUUCAAGUCUUAAAUCUAACCCAGUGGAAUCUUUUGCUGAACCAUCUGAGAUGGCAAUGAAGCAAGCCACUCCACAGAACUCGCUUGAUGGCGAAGAUGGAGAUGGUAUGUCAACCAUCACUGCACUGCCAGUUCUAUUCAACACUUUAUUUGUGCGGCGUGCUAUCAUACCGGCAGCCAAUGGUCAUUUUUCGGCACGAGCAUUGGCUCGAUACUACGCCACUCUUGCCACCGCAGGGGCCGUUCCCUCAGCGUCUUCAUCGAGUGAGCCCCGCUUGGGAAGUCACCCUCAAAAACCGUUGGAGAAGAAAUUAGACCCCUUGGGAAAGGGUAGCAAGAAAGAUGGGAUGAAACAUCAAGACCGAAUCUCCAAGGCUGCUGCUGAUAUUGAAGCUCCUAAAAUUGCAGAUACUUUAAAAUCUUCCAAUAUCUACUCUAAUCCUAAGAUACAUGAUGCUUUCUUGGCUGCUGGUGAGUACAGCAAGCUUGCUUACACAGAUGAAAAGUUUGGUUUGGGUUUUCGAAGGAUUACCUCUGGUGGAAGCAAUUUAGCGGAGGAAGUUAUUGGAUUCGGUCACUCGGGGGUUGGUGGAUCAACAGGGUUUUGUUAUCCUGGACACAACUUUUCACUUGCCAUCACUUUGAAUAAGUUGUCUCAAGGAGAGGUAACCGCUCAAAUAGCUCGGUUAGUUACAUCGGAGCUGGGUCUUCCAUGUCCUGCCAUGUACAGUAGCGUGGGUGCAGACAGAGGCCCUGAUAUGACCGGUGGUGCUCUAUGAGAAAGCUGAAUUCACUGGAGGUUGUAGUCUAGCUUUUCUCUACGUUUUUAACUUUGUAGAUUAGAUUCGGCUGGGCAGUCAUGUCAACGGCACAUUUGAGACUAUUUGGUACCCAAAUUUCUUUUAGUUAAGAAUUUGCGGCAGCUUCAGCUGGGGUCUACCAGUUUGGACAAGACCCAUUAUUCUGCCAUAUUUCUGCAAAAAGUUUCCAACAGUUGCAUCUGGGGGAAGAUCAAGUUUCUUGAUUGCUUAACAAGCUUCUUAUCAUGACAUGGUAAUUUUUUAAGAUGAGAGGUAGUUAUCCACUCUGAAAUUUUAGGUUCAA